AUGGCAGCCAAAUCCGGGUCGACGCCACGGACGGGCCUUACAAACCAGUCCAGGUACAUCACGGACCACGACAAUAAUGGGCGGUCAAUUUUCUCCUCGUUUCCUUCCGAAGCUGUCUAUGAAGAAAUCAACCCGGAGAUGGACUUCUUCGUGGCUUACCUCAACAACUUCUCGCCCGACCUCAAUGGCUCCGCUGAUUUAGCCAAAUACAAACAAGCCACCGAGGGUGCACAACCAUCCAUAACAAUCCCAGGCGGAACGGUACUGAGAGUAUGCAAUUUCGCGCCAGGCUCUACGACCGCUAUGCACCGGACAAUGAGUCUAGAUGUUGGCAUUGUGGUCGCGGGCGAGGUUGAGUUGGUGCUUGACUCGGGUGAGACAAGGCUUCUCCGUGUAGGAGAUAUCGCAAUUCAGAGAGCAACCAUGCAUGCUUGGCGGACACCAAGUAAAGACAAGUGGUCGAGGAUGAUAUUCAUGUUGCAGGACGCCCAGCAGCUUGAGGUCAAUGGCAAGACGCUGUCGGACGAUUAUGGGGGGAUCGAGGUACAAUCCUUCGAAAGUUUUUCCAAGUCGGUGAAAUAG